AUGUCUUACCGCGACAACGACGACAACUCCUACGGAGGCAACACCGACAGCUACGGCUCGUCUGGUAACAACAACUCCUCCAGCUACGGCUCGUCUGGCAACACCGGCUCCAGCCGCCGCAACAACGAUGACGACGACAGCUUCGGCUCGUCUGGCAACAACAACAACUCAUCCAGCUAUGGCUCUUCUGGCAACACCAGCUCCGGCCGUCGCGGCAACAACGAUGACGACAGCUUCGGCUCCUCCGGCGGCAACAACAACUCCAGCAGCUACGGCUCCGGCAACAACAACAACUCUAGCAGCUAUGGCUCUUCUGACAACACCAGCUCUGGCCGUCGCGGCAACAACGACGACGAUGACAGCUUCGGCUCCUCCGGUAACACCGGCUUCGGCUCGUCUGGCGGCAACAACAACUCCUCCAGCUACGGCUCUUCUGGCAACACGAGCUCCGGCCGUCGCGGCAACGACGACGACGACGAUAGCUUUGGCUCAUCGGGUAACAAGAGCUCCAGCUAUGGCUCCGGCAACAACAACAACUCGUCUAGCUACGGCUCGUCUGGCAAUGAUAACGACAACUCUGGCUCCUACGGCUCCUCUGGCCGCACUGGUGGCUCGGACUCGUACGGUUCUUCCAACCGUAGCGACGACUACUAA